ACAUUUAAUAUCGUCAACUUUGCUGUUCGUACGAUGUCGGAAUGAUUAAUUAGUGAUUGGGCGGAACGCGAAAUACACAAGCGUCGUUGCACCGGCGCUAAGCUUGGUUAUUUCGUCUCGUCAAUUCGUCGUAUCGAUUAUCCUAUUUUACCGCACGUAACAGAUUGUUUCCACUAAAAAACAAACGAACAAUAAGAGCAAAGAUUAUAUAUGAGAGAAACAUUGAAACGUAGAACAGUGUUAGCAUUUAUCAUCAUUACAGUUAUCCGUUCUUUUUCUCUGUAAGGGAUGAAACUCCACCCUUAUAGCGAGUUGUGUUUAUGUUUGUGUUCUGAUAGAGCAACUCAACAAUCUUCGAUUGUGACUAGCAAAUGAAUCAUUUUGUAUGGAGGAUUACUUGUGAAAUUUGUCUAUCAAGUGUUAAAAAAUUGCUUAGUGUUGAGGAAGUAAAACAGAAUGGACACUGCUACAGAACUGGAACAUAUAGAAAAGUUAGCGAAGGAAGCAGAGUGUUUAAAGAUUCGUUUGGAGGAUGAACGACAAAAGUUAAAUGAUAUUACCCUUGCCAGUGUAGCUGAUAGACUUGAAAUAAUUAACUGUAUAAAUGUAAAACCUAGACGUAUCUUAAAAGGACAUCAAGCCAAAGUUCUAUGCUCUGAUUGGUCUCCUGAUAAACGUCAUAUUGUUUCUUCUUCACAGGAUGGAAAAAUGAUUAUAUGGGAUGCCUUCACAACAAAUAAAGAACACGCUGUUAGUAUGCCAACCAGAUGGGUCAUGGCAUGUGCUUAUGGUCCCAGUGGUACUUUAGUAGCAUGUGGCGGAUUGGACAACAAAGUUACAGUGUACCCAUUAAGUUUAGAAGACGAUGUCUCAGCUCAUAAGAAAACUGUCGGCACGCAUACAUCGUACAUGUCGUGUUGCGCGUUUCCCAACAGCGAUCAGCAGAUUCUAACAGGCAGUGGGGACAGUACAUGCGGCUUGUGGGACGUGGAGAGUGGGCAGUUAUUGCAAAGUUUCCAAGGUCACUCCAGCGACGUCAUGUCCAUUGAUUUAGCGCCCAGCGAAACUGGAAAUACGUUCGUGUCGGGUGGCUGUGAUAAGAUGGUUUUAAUCUGGGAUAUGCGCAGUGGCCAAUGUGUGCAAAGCUUCGAAGGACAUCAAUCCGAUGUCAACUCGGUAAGAUUUCAUCCAGGAGGCGACGCGGUAGCGACAGGAUCGGACGACGCUACUUGUCGCUUGUUCGAUCUACGUGCAGACAGAGAAGUUGCGGUAUACGCAAAAGAAAGUAUAAUAUUCGGAGCGAACGCAGUCGACCUCAGCGUGAGCGGCCGUCUGCUCUUCGCCGGCUACAACGAUUACACGGUGAACGUGUGGGAUACUCUCAAGUGCCAAAGAGUGGCAUUGUUAUACGGGCACGAGAAUCGCGUUUCGUGUCUGAGAGUUUCACCGGACGGUACUGCGCUCUCGACCGGUAGCUGGGACUCGACUUUACGAGUUUGGGCUUAGCUUUACCAAUCGCUACUAUUGUCCUUACUUCGAACACGCGAAGAUACAGUUCUCGCUAUAUGCAGCACAGUUAGUCUUUCAUUACAUUUUAUAUUUAUUUAUUUAGAUUCUUGCCUCUCUUCUCAACUACUUUUCAGAUUUAUUUAUUCAUGUUGCCAUUAUAUCACGUAUGCAUAUGAUGUAUCAAAUUGAUAUUGUUGUCUAUUUCUAUAGCAACACGCUAAAUCAUAUAUGAGAUGUAAUCAGUAACAAGCAGCAACAUGAUUAUAGUGAUGUUAUAAUAUUAAUAACGUUAUAUUAGGCUGGUCCUAAUUUACAGAAGAAUUUUAGCGGUAAUAUAUUAGUGGAGUCAAAAUAUGUAUGUGACAGGAAAUAAAAGUUUCAUAAAUCCCAA